UUGGGCCCUUCUAAUAUAGUUUUCAGCCCAACCCGUAAUCAGAAGUCUCUCAGCUUCUGUUUACCAUCUGCAACGGCGGGCUCCGCCGGCAGCUUUGUAGCGAAGGAAUAGAGACGGAAUGCUUGGAAGGCGUUUUCUCUCCGUCCUGAGGACGCCACCGUCGUCAUCUCCAAUACCACCGGCCUCUGCUUUAGCGGAGGAAGGAAGUGGAAAAUCAGGCAAAACCUGGGGUCGGAGGGCAGUUUCAGGUGUACUGAUAUGUUUGACUGGUGGCGUUGCUCUCAGUGCUCUUGACGAUCUUGCUAUCUAUCAUGGCUGUAGCAGCAAGGCAAUGGAGAAAGCCAGUAAGAACCAGGCAGUUAUCGAUGCCAUAGGAGAGCCUAUAGAAAGAGGCCCUUGGUAUAAUGCCUCACUUGCAGUGGCUCAUAAGAGGCAUUCUGUAUCAUGCACAUUUCCUGUUGCUGGACCACAGGGCACUGGAAUCUUUCAGUUGAAGGCAAUUCGUAACGGAGAUGAUACGUUGUUUACAUUUUUGCGACCACGUGACUGGGAAGUGAUAGUGCUGGAAGCUCUCCUCCAUGUACCUGGUACUGAUGAGAAACAACAAACUGUUCGGAUUAGUGUAGCAGAGUAUCCUCCAGCACCGGGGGCUCCAGCUUGUAAAGCAUGCACAACAUCAACAGCUCAACCUCCAGAAUGUGUAGUAGAUAAGAAGACAUGAAAGAGAUGAUUAUAUGGCUAGAUAGUUUUCAAAAUUUUGUACACCUCACUACUUCUCUUUCUUUUUCUCUCCUAUUACUCUACGUGUCGUUCAAAGCAAAUCAUGGUGGAUCAGGUAAAAAUAAUGUUUCUUAAUGAUGAUGUCAUGAAUGAAAUAAACAGCAGCCCUGAAUGGUACUUGUCUGAUUUCAUAGCAUUUUCAUUCAUGUAACAUACUUGUUGAGAUUGUUAGUUUUUAUAUUAUGUUUUUUAAUUUUUUUGGUUAGGUCUCUUCUCUUCUCUGUAAGGUAUCGUUGAUGACUUAGUAUGUUGAAUAAGAUAGACAGAGACAAGCCAGCGUAUUACAGAGAAGAGGGAUGCUACAAACUGGGGGAAGUUAGUUCUGUCAUCGUUGGUCAACUUCAAAUACUCUCUCUUUCUCAAAAUUAACCUAAUAUUACUUGAUUGUUGGCCGCUAAAAUCUGGGGUAGUGCGACGAGGAAAAAGAUUUCUUAAAAUUGCAACCAGGGUAUCUCAAAAACAUGUGAGGGCAACCAAGAAAUCUCCAUUAUCCCUGGCAAACAGCGAUGCUGAAAGGAAUGACACCUUAUGAAGUAGCAUAUCAUUAGAUGCGUGAUUGCAUCUAAGCAUCAUUAGGUGUUCUAUUACAACAUCUUUUAAUGCGUCCAUCUUAUAAACACAAUUUUUUACAUUAUAAAUUCUGUUAUUAUUUAC